AUGUAUCAUCAUGCUAAUGCAAAUAAAAGAAGGGCUAAAAACAAUAUUGUGGCUUUAAAAGAUGGAAAUGGAAAUUGGUGCACUACUAGGGAGGAGUUGGAAAAUCUGCUGACUGAUCACUAUAGCUUACUUCAUACUACUUCUUCACCUGCAAAAAAUGAAGACAUCUUGAAUUGUAUUCCUUCGGUAAUAUCUUCUUCAGAUAAUCUAGAAUUAAUGAGAAUUCCUGAGGAUGCUGAAAUAUUUAAAGCUUUAAAAGACAUGAAGCCUUGGAAAGCCCCUGGACCUGAUGGUUUUCCACCUGGUUUUUUCAACAUCAUUUGGAUAUUGUUGAUUCUGUCAAUGAGGUUGAAAAAGGUAAUGGGGAAAGUGAUAUCGCCACUUAAAGCUGCUUAUAUUCAAGGAAGACAAAUAACAGACAAUAUUUUUCUUGCUCAUGAAAUUGUCCACACCAUGAAGAAUAAGAAGGAAGUAAAUAAGUACUUAGCAUUGAAACUUGAUAUAUCAAAAGCCUUUGAUAGGCUUGAAUGGUCAUUCCUAAAAAAUGUUAUGCUGAAAAUGAGAUUCUGCUCAGAUUGGUGCAAUCUCAUAGUGCAGUGUGUGAGUACUACUCAAAUAUCUAUACUUAUAAAUGGUGUUCCAUGCAAACCCUACUUCCCAACAAGAGGUGUAAGGCAAGUCAUAGAUGAUUCUGGAGAUGCUUCUGGGCAGAUGGUGAAUUUUAACAAGUCAAGUGUGUACUACAGUGCUAAUGUGCCACAAAGGUUUUGUAGACUACUUACUCGAAGAUUAAAAGUACCUAGGAUGAAUUCUAAUGAGAGAUACCCAGGAAUUCCUCUUGUAAUUGGAAAGAACAAGGUUAGAUGCUUCACAGGAUUAGUGGAGAGGGUUCAAAACCAACUUUCCAACUAG